AUGAGCGUCAAAAUAGAGCGUUCGGGGUGUCCUGGGAUCUGUGGCCCGCAGGCCGCGACCACAUCAACCCUGUCUUUCUCAAGCUUCCGGAACUCAUUCACCACCAAUGUCAAUUACCUGAAACGAAGAUUCAGCUCGGGCGACCUGCAGUCGGAGUGCGAUGAGGGCGAGGUGGACCCCUACACCGGCCGCCCGGCCACCACCAGCCAGCCGAAGCCGCAGGCCCAGAGGCCGGUCUCGCAAGUUACCGGCGGCAGCAUCAGCAGCGUUGGCAGCGGUGGCAGCGGCUCCGGGCCCCCGCCGGCUCCGUCGGCGGCCGCUAACACCGCGGGAGGCGGGGAUCUGUCGCUGAACCUCCGUGGGGGCUCCCGCGGGACUUCAGCACCGUCAUCGCCGGCCAAGUCCCGAGAAUCCUUGUUGCAGCGCGUGCAGUCGCUCACUGGGGCUGCACGUGAUCAGGGUGCCAAUCUCUUAGGGAGUGUAACAUCAGUGGCGUCCGUGGGCCGCGGCUACAACCGCGACCGCUGCGUGACGUUGCUGGUGGUGGACGACCAGAACACCGACUGGUCCAAGUACUUCAGAGGCCGCCGGUUGCCUGGAGAGUGGGACAUUCGCGUCGAACAAGCUGAAUUUAGGGAGCUAACAGUCACCGCCAACUCCGAAGGAGCGAACGUUUCUAUGGCCGUGUACCGAGGUGGAACCAAAGUCACUCGCUGUUUCAAACCUGAGUUCGUGCUGGUGAGACAAAACGUGCGGGAUGCUGGUUCCGACCACCGAGCUCUUUUACUGGGGCUCAAAUUCGGGGGCGUGCCAUCCAUCAAUAGUCUCAACUCCAUCUACCACUUCCAGGACCGGCCCUGGGUAUUUGGGCACCUGCUGCAGUUACAACGACGCUUGGGCAGAGAGAACUUCCCCCUUAUCGAGCAGACCUACUACCACAAUCACACCGACAUGGUAACAGCUCCCAAGUUCCCCGUGGUGAUCAAGAUAGGGCACGCGCACAGCGGCGUGGCCAAGGUGAAAGUGGACUCCCUGGCCGACUUCCAGGAUAUCGCUGGCGUAGUGGCCAUGCUGGGAACGUACUGCACCGUGGAACCGUACAUCGAUGCCAAAUACGACAUCCACAUACAGAAAAUUGGAACCAACUAUAAGGCAUUUAUGCGCAAGUCUAUUUCUGGAAACUGGAAGACUAACCAAGGAUCAGCCAUGUUGGAAGCUAUCGGCAUGAACGACCGAUAUAAGAUGUGGAUAGACGAGGUGAGCGAAAUCUUCGGAGGUCUGGAAGUGUGCGCACUGGAGCUGGUGGUGGGCAAGGACGGGCGCGAGCACAUCAUCGAGCUGAACGACUCCGCCACCUCGUUCAUGGGCGACUCGCAGGAGGAGGACCGCCGCCAUCUUGCAGAGCUGGUGCUGCAGCGCAUGCAGGCUGUAUGCCGGCCAGGGAUAACAAAGACGGCAUCCCGAACAUCAGUAUCCGGCAGUUCCGCAGCAACGUCGCCCGAGGAGCGCACCAUGCCGCUGCCAGGGUCGGGCCCGCCCAGUGUGCCACCGCCCGCGCCGCUCGCAGCUGCCACCAGCAUCGACCGGCCACUGCCUCCCAUCCCGGCUGAGCCGUCGCAGCCGCCGCCACCGCCUCUGACGCGGCGUGACUCGCAGGGUGUUUCGCCAGCUUCCCAGUCGUCAACCGUGUCCUCGGCAUCGGCAGCGCCAAGCACAGCCAGCAGCUCUGCCCAGCCUAGCGCGGCGCCCUCGGGCUCCGCCGCCGGCCGCGGGGGCUUCGCGCGGCAGGGCUCCCUCAGCGCAGCCCUCACCGAAGACGCAGAGGAUACCAUGAAGAACUUACGGAAAACAUUCGCCGGAAUCUUCGGCGACAUGUAAAACAACUGUAACUUUACAGAGACGCGCACAUCCUCAUCAACACAAACAUUGAACCGUAUAUUUUUUUCUUAGAUUCUGAAAAAUCGUACGGCUCUUAUAAUAGUAGAGCUAUAUUCACCAUUAGGUUGGUGCCGCAUUACGUCUUCCACUUUAAGGAAUUUACAGAAGUUAACAAGUCAUAUUUACACGUGUUAUCUAUAAAACAAAAACACAUUUCCGCAAACAAUUCAUUCAGCAAUAUGUAUUUAAAACCAUGAACUGACGCAGUUGGAUUGAAAAAGAAACUAAAGCUAGCAAGGCUGAAGACUACCCAAAUUGCCAUGCCUGAUGUGUGUGUAAAUACGAUUUUAAAAGACAGUUAAAAUAAUGGUAAAUUAGUAAACUCAAUGAAUCUUUUGUAAAUCACCAUGCGCGUCUCUUAUUUGCUACAAAAUAAUAUUAGUGUUAAUUUGUUUAAAAUAAUUUUACAACAGAAAAGAAUAAUGUAAUGAAAAUAUCGCAAUAGAAAGUCGAGACAUCAAAUACAGGAUAGGAGACACAUAAUCAUAAUACUCUCAGAUGGCAUUCCGAGUUACACCUGUUUUGUAGGGACCACCCUUCGAACCGAGUGUCCGUUGCGCAAACCGCGUGAGAAACAAGAGUAAGCAUAGUUUUAAUGUAAAAUAACUAUAGAUUUUUUACAAUAAGUUUAUUAUAAAUAUGAAAAUACGAAUCAACUGAGCUGCAUUGUGAUCGAUCCCGUUCGAUACCGGCGCGCGCGCCGCGUGUAGUGUUUUUUCACUGUCUCGGUGUCCCUUCUACACUCGCUACACGUCCUUAGGAGAACACGACCGAUAGGUACUUCGACUAACUUUCAACGUCACUUGUUUCUUUAGAUUAAUGUUAUUUGAAGGGUGAAUAAACUUGGUGGCAAUAAGUAGGGUGAAUGAUCGUAAGCUAACAUUGUGUAUUGUCUCAAUUUCUAAUGGAAGCGUGUUGCUGUCCAUUUUGGCAUUAACAUGUUUUGAAUUUGAUAACAAAAUGUCUGUUUAAAUGACAACAUAAGAGUUUUUUAAUAACUUUACAAGAACUUUGAAAUUUUGUGGUCCUAUUAAACCAAAAUUGUUAGCAAUUGGGAUGUGAGCAAUGCUAUUUAAGACAAUAUUGUUAUAUGCAAGAAUUGAUUCACAUUUUAUAUCUUAUUACUAGUUGUAUCUCAUAGCUUUAAGAACGUCUUGUUAAUACUGUAUGCUCUUCAAUAAGUUUUUUACUGCAAAUCUUAUUUGCUAUGAUGGUUUUACUGUCAUUGAGAACCUCAUUUGUAUGAUUGUAGUUUUGCCUGUACACCUUUGAUCACUUUAUAAUCAUGUGAUUUUCUUUUUCUUUGUUACUUCUAGUUUAUCUAGUUUUCAAAUGUGAACCUUGCGUGAGCUAAGUCUGAUUGUUGUCAUAUCAGGGACGUUGGUGUUAUUCAUCGCAUCAAGUGCAUUGUGCUUUCAUAUCUCUUUAGCGAAAUUUACAUUUAAGCUACUUCAUAGUGAACUAUUCUUUAGCUAAUUCGGAUCAAAGUAGAUAAUUAUAAUAUGUGUAGUUGAAAUAUAUGCGCAUAAAUGCGCUGGAAUUUAAUAUUCAGUAAUCAUUGUAAGAAAUAUUUACGUUACGUGUUACAAUAUUAUUACAGAACAGUAAUAACUACCAGCCCACUUGUUAUUGUAGAUUUUACAACGAAAAUAGCUAUACGUAUAAUGUAAGAACAACUCAUUAUGUUAAGGCAUUCCUGAAAAUAGGGUUAUGAAAACUGGCGUUGGGUUGUAAUAUUGUUUUGGUGGUUAUUAUUUCAUUUUGCAGUAGAACGUAAUGUUACUUGUCGAUUUUAGGAUGAUUUGUGUUAAUCGGUACGGGGCCUUGACAGAGUGUCAUACCUCUAUACAAUACGAUAGGUAUGCUUAGAUAAACUGCACCCGUAGCUAGAAUUUGACACGAAUCUCUUAGCAUACAACCACGGCGUACGUGUAAUAUACAUAAGUGUCUAUAAAAAGCGCAAUUAGAUAAUUAUUACUAUUAUAAUGCAUUAUUAUAAAUGAAGUGUCGCGGUUUUGUUAGUUUUGUAUUAUAAAACAGUGUACGAAGAGUUUAGUUACCUAUCAAACACUUUGUUAUUUAUGUAGAUUAUUUUAAAUAUUUUGACGUUCAAAUAAUGUUCUGUCUUUGUUAAUUGUUAAGAUAAUAAUAUGAACACUAAAGUUAAUAUAAUGCUGUUGUUGUUGUUGCUAAUCGAGUUAUACAAUAUGUAUCAAUAUGGAAAUGAUGAAUAGUGUUUCCAAAGAUUGUCAUGAUAAAAAUUAAAUUCGAUGAGAGGCAUGUGUAUCGUCGUAGUGGAUUGUGACGCCUCCUUUACUAUUUAUCGUGAUUUAAUCUUUUAUUAUAAGACAUGGUUUGUCACAAAGUAAUAAAACAAGCAAUUAACAAAUGCUAUUAAUGUAUACUAGUAACAAAUAAAAAUAAACAUCAUACAUACUCGUUAUGAUGGUAACCAACUCGAAAAUUAUUUUGUGACGACCAUGUCUAUGUUCGAAUGGAAUAUGUUAAUGGAAUUUGAAUGCAUGUUAAUCUAUAUUAUAAUAAUAUAAUAAACACCUCUUUUGGUAAGUCAAUACCUACCGAUAUUGGC